UCUGCUAUCGAUGACAGCGUUAAAAUAAUUUAUCAAGAUAGUACCCUCUUUAUUCUAAUUUAACAAAUUAUUCUACAAAAAUUGAAGCGCAAAGCGCAUUGUUAAAGUAUAAAUAAUAUUGUGAACAUAUAAUAUGACUAGGUCCAGCAUCGAAUUGGGCGAUGUUACGCCACAUAACAUAAAGCAACUGAAGAAGCUCAAUACGGUUGUCUUUCCCGUCUCCUACAAUGAUAAAUUCUACGUCGACGUACUGGAAGCCGGCGAAUUGGCCAAGCUCGCCUACUACAACGACAUUGUUGUGGGCGCCGUCUGCUGUCGCAUCGAUACCACGGACAAUAAACGACGUCUCUACAUCAUGACACUUGGUUGCCUAUCGCCGUACCGUCGUCUGGGCAUUGGCACUAUUAUGUUCGAGCAUAUACUAAACUAUGCCGAAAAGGAUGGCAACUUCGAUAGCAUCUUUCUGCACGUGCAAAUCAACAACGAUGGCGCCAUUGAGUUCUAUAAGAAGUUUGGCUUUGAGAUCGUCGACACCAAAGAGCAAUACUACAAACGCAUUGAGCCAGCGGAUGCGCAUGUCUUGCAGAAGGCGCUGCGACGCAAGAAACCCGAUUCACAUAAUCAUGCAUUUAGCAAUGGAGCUGUGGGUGAUAAGAAGGAACGUCGAACCUGAAGAUGGGGUACUUGUGACAUGUAGCCCCAUCACCAUCCACAUUCAAGGACAACCAGAAAAACUUAUUUAGUUUAAAAAAUUUCAUAUUUGAAUAAAAUCCUAGAGUUAAACAAAAUCUGCUCAGUAAACAACAAAAACAACAACAACAACAGAAACAACAACAACCAGAACAACUAGAAGUAAAAUGCGCUUUAGAUAGAGGACAUAUGUAAUGUACGUAAGCGUAAAGGCGCUAAAUAAACCCCAACUGGCAAAAUAUGUUUUCAAUUAAGCAAA